UGUUUGUUUGUGCGAGUAGCCGGCACGGCAGGGCACAGAGGACAAUGUUUACUUUGAUGUUGAUCGGCCACAAAAUGUUUUAUAAAAAAAAAUCGGUUUACUGACCCCCCUCCCUCCCACGUCCUCUUGCGCAAAAUAAAGAAAUAAUGCAUUUUGGGGUUUUAAACAAACAACAAGCGGAGAGUUUUCUAACCCCUUCCUCCCUCCCCCCCCCCAUCAUCAUCGUUUCACGGAAUUUUUUUUUAAAAUGUCGGCCAGCGUUCUGCUGCUGCUGCUUUGCCUUCUUCAUCCCUGUAUGGGCAGGACCUCUUCCUCCUCCUCCUCGUCGUCGUCGUCCUCGCCGACACUGACGCCGCAGCGAGCCAGCGAGUUCCUGCUGAGGGUGCGCAGAGCCAACCUGAUGUUCGAGGAGCUCAAGAAGGGGAAUCUGGAGCGGGAGUGCGUCGAGGAGGUGUGCAGCAAGGAGGAGGCACGGGAGGUGUUUGAGAACGAGUCGGAGACGGACUAUUUCUACCCAAGAUAUUUAGCUUGCCAGUCGCAGGAGACGAAGCCAAGAGCCCAGACUGAGGUUGAAAACAUCGUACGAUCCUGCAUCAAUGACAUCCUGGACCAGUGCGUUCCUCUGCCGUGCGACGUCACGGGCAGCGCGGAGUGCGUCAGUCUGCAGGCCGAUUACCACUGCGUCUGCAAGGACGGCUGGAAGGGGAAGAACUGCACCCAGGAUGUGGACGAGUGCUCGGACCGGCAGAACGGGGGCUGCAGUCACAAGUGCAUCAACGUGGCGGGCUCGUACGCGUGCCAGUGCGAGCAGGGGUACACGAUGGCCAUGGACCAGCACACCUGCGAAGACGUGGACGAGUGCGUGCAUUCCCUCGGCGUGUGUGGCGAGCGGGCGCGCUGCGAGAACAUGCACGGCUCCUUCACCUGCAGCUGCCUGCGAGGGUUCGCCUACGACAAGGCCACCCGCUCCUGCCAAGACGUGGACGAGUGCGAGCAGUUCGCGCCGUGCGAGGACGCCUGCGUCAACACGGCAGGCGCCUUCCGCUGCUACUGCGAGGGCAGGGCGGGAUUCAGGCUCGGGCCCAACCUCCGCAGCUGUGUGCAGACGACGGCGUCGUGCGUGAGGGUGAACACGUGGAUGAACCCGACGAACAUGCACCUGAGCUCGGACACUCCCAGCAGCCCCGUGUUCUUCCAACGCUACGAGGUCCCGCACCAACAAAGCGAGGUGUUCUCCUUCGACCUGCUCACCUACGACCCCGAGGGGCUGGUCUUGUACGUGGAGAGGGGCGCGACGGACGACUGGUUCCUGCUGGCGCUGCGCGAGGGGCGGCUCGAGAUGCAGCUGAGCGCCCGCGGCGUCAACGCGGCCGCCAACAGCGGCUCGACCAUCAACCACGGACGCUGGACCUCGAUCUCCGUGGAGAGGCUGAGUGGCCGCGUCGUGACCAGGAUCUCUGCGAACGACUCCAUCGCCAUCGACGUGCCCGACGACGGGCCUGCACAGGGCAGCGGCAAGGAGUUCAAGGUGUACGUGGCCGGGCUCCCGCACGGCACCCAGCCCUUUGCGCCGCUGAACACGCGGCUAGACGGCUGCAUGCGGCAGUGGGACUGGCUGGGGAGCGAGCGGGCGGUGGGGGGCCCGGACGCCCACGUGAGGAGCGACACGACACGCCUCUGCUACCAGAGCGUGGAGCGCGGCGCGUACUUCCCCGGCACGGAGCUCGCGCGCUUCCACCGGCAGUACGUUCCGUCAGGCAACAGCCCCGGCCGCCCCCCGUGGCUGCUCGACCUCGAGAUGUCCUUCAGGCCCGUGGGAGACACGGGCGUCCUCUUCUGCCUCGUCAACUACAACAAGGAGGUCGUCCUCUCCCUCAGCCUCGACGAGAUCUUCCGGAGGCCGGGGCUCCCGCUCCAGAGACUCCUCCUGGGCUUUGAGGACUCCGUUGCCCUCCGCUACCAGGCCAACGAGUCGAAGGUGUUCUGCGAUGGGAAGUGGCACUUCCUGCGUCUUCAGAUCUCUCGCGAGGAGCUCGCGCUGCAGGUGGAUGGAGUGAAUCUGACGCAAGCGGACAGCGUUAUACCCCUGCUGCAGCUGAGUGCACACAGAGGGAAGCUGGAGAUGUGGCUCAACGAGUCGGUGACCACGUACAUUGGGGGCAUCCCAGAGACCAUUCCGCUGCAGGCCGUGCCGGUGAGCGUGCACUUCCACGGCUGCAUGCGCGACGUGCGCCUGGCCGGAGAGCCGCUGGACAUGGACGCGGCGGUGAACAGCCCCUUGGGACUGUCGGCGCACUCGUGCCCCACCGUGAACACGGGCGACGACGACGACGACGACGAGUAGCUCGAGUAGUGCCCGCCCUCUCCUCCUCUUCCUCCCACUCCUCAUCCUCCUCCUCCUGCUCCUCUUAAUUUCCUCAUCGUCCUCCUCCUGCUCCUCGCUCCGUUCGUCAUCCUUUGCCUUCUCUUUCCCCGCCCGCCCGCUCGCGUCGCGGACACGCGCCGCAGGCAAAGCGGUCGUCGAGCGUCGGGGGGUCAACGGCGAACGGGGCCGACCCAAGCCGCGUAACCCGAACCGUCGGCACGGCGCAGUGCCGCGCGUCCGACCGCCGCACGUCGGCGCUGACCGGACAGCCGGCACCACACGCCCCCCCCGCCCCCCAUCCCCCGCGCGCGGUGUCUGCCCGCGGAGUUGGCUACGCGCCGCGGUAGCGCAAGGCCCACCGUGACGGUGCUGCUGCUGCUGCUGCUGCUUGGUAGAGACGCGGCGCGCGCUCUCUAAGCAGCGUCAGGUUCGCGAGGGGUGCAAACGUUGCCACGUGGACUCACCGAAGAGACGUGAAAUUUGGCGAGUGGACUUUGGAAUAUUUCGCCAACUUUUGGACGGUGACGCCGGCGCGCAUCGGCCCCCUACAACGUCCGCCGUUAAGCGGACGGCCCGCGGUUAUUUUCACGGUAAAUAACACUGCCGGUAUUAACCAGGACGCCCUUUGGGGUUUGAACCGUGCGACGUCUGCGACAAGCGGCUUAAAUGCGUUUCCGCGAGGAUGAGGAUUUAUGACAAACAAGAAUAAGUUUGUACCCUUUCUGCCAAUAAAACAGCAGUUCGGUUACGAUGUCGAAACACCAAAUAUAAACCUUUUGCAAGGAAUCAAGUUCCUGCGUUAACCACGCACACAGUGCUUGUGGUGAACAUGCAAACAACCACGUGGCUCUCAUAGUAUUCGAUUCAUUGUCUUUGAAACUGAUGAGCCCACACCAGAGACGGUAGACUUCUUUCGGGCCUAGUCUAACCACCAGUGUCAGACCAGACAAUGCACUCUCAGAGCAUUGCUGGUUUGUACGUAGAGUGCUAAAUGGAAUCGAGUCUUAUUAACGCAGUUACUUGAUUCCUUGCAAAAGGGUUUCUAUUUGGGUGUUUGAACAUCUUAACUCCUGUUUUUUUAAUAUAACUCCUGUUUUUUAUUGCCAACAAAGGGUACAAACAUAUUCUUACUUUUCAUACUUUGAUACUGGCAACUAAGUGUCCCAUGAUAAGAGUAUUUCCAUUUUUCGGGCACUUUAACGGCUCUGCGACUCGGGCACAGUGCAUCCACGCCGCUGCCAUGCUGGUGGGCUGCUGCAGGCUAUUGCAAGGAGACCCCCAAGUGGCAGCUGUCCCUGUGCGGCACAAGGUAUACACGUGGUGUACACACGCGGCACCAGGCCUGCAAAUGAGCAUGAGUCUGCCGGAAGCGGGACGAUGUUGCGUGGUGUGUUUUGUUUUUGCUCUCCACUUCUUUCAAAUUAAAUCAUUAAUGUCGUCGACAAGA